AUGAAACUUGCUGAAGGAACGCCUACGUUAAUCGAAACACAGCUGGGUUGGAUUGUUAGCGGUCCGGUAAAGGCGAUACAAAUCGGCCCCACACAUGCAGUUUGCCAAUUGAACCACAUCGAUGACCAACUAAAUCGCACCCUUGUGAAGUUUUGGGAACUCGAAACCUGCAUAGAAGCAUCUCCAUAUACGCCAGCGGAACAAGCCAUCGAGGAACACUACGAGCGAACGACUUCACGCGACGAAAGUGGUCGGUACAUUGUCAAACUGCCGUUUAACCAAAACAAGAGCCAACUUGGUGACUCUUUGGAAACGGCACGAGUACGAUUCAACCGACUACUGAGAUCUUUCGCAAACGACGAGAAGAAAAAACGCUACACCGAAUUCAUGGAUGAGUACCUAGAAUUAGGCCAUAUGGUGGAAGUGCAUGACAAACCUGAGGAUUGCUACUUCUUACCCCACCAUGCUGUCUAUAAGGAGUCAAGCUCUUCGACAAAGAUUCGUGUAGUUUUCGACGCUUCGGCUAAGACAACAUCUGGUCUAUCAUUGAACGACGCUUUAGGAGUUGGACCAACAGUGCAAAACGAUCUCAUCACGAUAUUAUUACGAUUCUGCUGCUACCCUGUGGUACUGACAGCGGACAUUCCUAAAAUGUACAGGCAGGUACAAGUACACAAAGACGACAGGAAAUACCAGCGCAUUUUGUGGCUCAACACGAACAACGAGAUGGCAACAUUCGAGCUAACCACCGUGACGUACGGUUGCGCCAGUGCACCCUAUCUGGCAACGCGAACAUUAUUGCAAUUGGCAAAGGAUGAAGCAACUGACCUACCACUUGCAUCAAAAGUCAUUGAGGACAACAGCUACAUCGACGAUUUUCUCACCGGUGGUAGGAACGAACAAGAAGUAAUAAAAAUCUACAAGCAACUAACUGAGCUUCUACGACGAGGAGGAUUUGGAGUGCACAAGUUUUGCUCCAACAGCAAAGCUGUGCGAGAUAUCAUACCACACGAUCUCCAAGAGACUCUUUUCAACUUCGAAGAAGCCGAUAUCAACAACGUGAUUAGGACUCUUGGCCUUAUUUGGAAUCCCAAUGAAGACUACUUCACAUUCAAUGUCACCUUAUUGGAUGGUAGAGUAGGAAACACGAGGCCAACCAAACGAAGCGUACUUUCUGUGAUUGGACACCUAUUCGAUCCGUGUGGAUACCUCGGUCCUGUGACGACGACAGCGAAACUGCUGAUGCAGGACUUAUGGAGGCUCAAAUUGAAUUGGGACGACGAGCUUCCUAACGAGCAAAACGAACUGUGGACCACAUUCCGAGAACAGCUUCCAUUGGUUAACGCACUACGAAAGAAACGGUGUGUAAUCACAAGUGAGGCAACAACACUGGAGCUUCACGGAUUUUCGGACGCUUCCCAGCGUGCAUACGGGGCAGUCUUGUACACUAGGUGCAUCUCCCCUAAUGGAACUGUGAGCGUUGAGCUAGUUUGCAGCAAAUCGAGAGUGGCUCCCUUGAAGCCAAUGACUAUUCCUCGUCUGGAAUUAUGCGGAACACUGCUUCUGGCACGUUUGGUGGAGAAAACGAUUUCGGCGAUGAAAAUACCUUUCUCGAAAGUGACACUCCACACUGACUCACAAGUAUGUUUGAGUUGGUUUGCAAAGUCACCGCUUGCUUUGAAUCAGUUUGUUGCAAAUCGUGUUGCUACAAUACACGAGCUAACGCAGGACUACAAGUGGUGUUAUGUGCGAACGUAUGACAAUCCUGCCGACAUAAUUUCCCGUGGUGUACUACCGGCAGAACUAUUCGAGAUGGAACAGUGGUUCAAAGGUGCACCAACUCUGUGGCUGCAAGACUCUUCUGACAACGUUGAAAGAAUUUAUUUGGAUGACAAUGAGCUGCCAGAACUUAAGCCGGCGUUAGUUGCAACUGCCGUACAACGACCAAUGUCAUUGGACCUGACAAGGAUGAGCAGUUUUCGCCGCCUACAACGUGCGUGGGCGUAUGUGUUGCGUUUUAUCAAAAACGUGCGUACGAAGGUUCGUAACACUUCCGACUUGCACGUGUGUGAAAUCGCUGAAGCAACACAAACUAUACUGAAGCUCGUGCAGAAGGAGGCGUUUGAUGAGAUUUUCGAUGCUAUGGUAAAGGGUAAGCAGUUAAAGCAGUACCGAGGUUUAGCUCUUUUCAGCGAUAAGGAUGGGAUCAUCAGGGUUGGUGGUCGCCUGAAAUAUUCAUCGAUACCCUAUGACGGCAAGCAUCAAAUAUUGUUGCCAGAAAAGCAUCACGUGACUGAAAUUCUGGUUCGUCAACUACACAUCGAUAAUUUUCAUGUUGGACAACGAGGAUUGUUGGCUAUUCUACGCGAACGAUAUUGGCCCAUCAAAGCAAGGUUGCUAAUAAAACGCAUUGUCUCCAAAUGCUAUGUCUGUUUUCGGCACAAUCCAUCGCCGGUGAACCAGUUCAUGGGCGAACUCCCAGACUAUAGGAUUACACCUUCACCCGUUUUUUCGAAUACUGGAGUCGAUUAUGCCGGCCCAGUAUAUCUCAAGGAAGCUGGUAGGAAGAAAACGCUGUACAAGGCUUAUAUCGCAGUGUUUAUUUGUUUGGCCACCAAGGCCAUUCAUAUUGAGGUAGUAUCAAACUUGACCGGAGAAAACUUCAUCGCUGCUCUACAACGGUUUAUCAGCCGACGUGGUAUUGUGAGUAAUAUGUAUUCCGACAAUGGAACUACAUUUGUUGGUGCGAAUCAUGAGCUAGCCGAGCUGCGCAGAAUAUUCGAGGAUCAGGCACUUCAACGAAAAUUGAACGAUUUCUGUACAUCCAAAGGAAUUGUAUGGCACUUCAUCCCGCCACGUAGUCCGCAUUUCGGUGGUAUAUGGGAGGCGGGGGUAAAAUCCGUCAAACAUCAUUUGAAGCGUGUCGUCGGUGAGACCAAACUAACGUUCGAAGAAAUGACAACAUUUCUAGCGCAGUGUGAGGCCAUCUUGAACAGUCGUCCAUUGAUUCCUGUAUCGGAUGACCCGAACGACAUCGAGGUUUUGACCCCAUCACACUUCCUUAUCGGACGAUCAGCUUUGAGCAUUCCGGAACCGUCAUAUGAGGAUGUGAAGGUUGGUCGAUUGGGACGUUGGCAACAUAUUCAGUUAAUGAAGCAGCAUUUCUGGAAGCGCUGGUCAGCUGAGUAUUUGCAUUAUUUGCAAUCCAGACCGAAGUGGAAUAGUGAAGUUUCGAAAAUCGAUAUUGGCGCCGUAGUCGUACUGAAGGACGAUAAUUCACCACCGCACCAGUGGCGAUUGGGACGCAUCGUGGCUACACACCCUGGACAGGAUGGCAUUGUGCGAGUCGUUACAGUCCGUGCUGACUCAAAGGAGUUUCGACGAGCGGUAGCAAAGGUUUGCUUCCUUCCAAAUGUUGAUCCGAUGGACUCAACGGGGGGAGUAUGA